CUCACCAUUUACUCACAUUGCAGGUACCAGUUCUUCCUGCAGCUGAAGCAAGAGAUACUCACCGGACGACUCGAUGUGCCUUACUCAUCAGGGAUUGAGUUAUUUGCCCUUAGCUUGCAGUCCGCUUGGUGACUAUGAUGAAACGGUCCACACGCCUGGGUUUGUUUCCGAAUUCCACUUCUGCCCAGGCCAAACUGACUCUAUGGAGGAAGACAUACUGGAGAAAUACAAGGAAUACAGUGGCCUGACCCCAGCCCAGGCAGAGCAGAGUUACCUGAACAAGGCCAAGUGGAUGGAGAUGUAUGGGGUGGACAUGCACACUGUUCUGGGUACGGCCAGAGUUACCGCCUGGGCCUCACCGACCGGCAUCCUGGUGUUUGAAGAGAGACAAAGAUUGGACUGUUUUUCUGGCCCAAGAUCACCAAACUCGACUUUAAGAAGAAACUGA